CUCUCUCUCUAGCACGCACAGAUAGAUAUACACGUCAUUCACAUUUGCCCUUACCGAGUGAGAGCUUUGUUCCUUUGUUUGUCCUCGAGAACCAGCGCUACGCCUGUGUCCGUUUCUGGAAACAGACAUAUUCUCUCUCAACAAAUCCUCUCUCUCUCUCUCUAGAAAUUCGAAUGACUGUUUUCAGUGUGAGUGUCUGAAGGGUUCUUCGUGAAUUGCUGUUUUUUGACACCCCACAUUGUAAUUUCUUACUUUGAUUCGAUUCUUUCGCAUGUUCAAACAUUUUGGAUUCUCAAUCAAAUCUUAGAUUUUAAUUCUAGCUAGGGUUUGAAGAAUGAGGCAGAGGCGACACUGUCCGGAAGCUGCUGCUGCUGCCAUGGAUGCCCCAAAUUCGAAAUCGAAGAAAAGCAGUAGUGAUGAUGAUGACGAUAAUGUUGGCUGUUGGUUUUUCAGAUCUUUUGGAUGCUUGUCUGGAAAGAUUAAUGGCGACAAUGGCGUUAGUGGGACAACUUCUAUAAAUGAAAGUAAAUAUACGAACGAUUCGAGCAACGAGCAGCAGCCGGUCGCUCCGGUCGUGUCGUCGUCGACGACCAGCAACGGCGAGAGUAAUCCAUCGACGGUAAACAUAAGCGAAGAGUUGAAAAUAUCGUCUCAGCUACGGAACUUCACCUAUAACGAAUUGAAAUUAGCGGCGAGGAAUUUUAGGCCUGAUUGUCUCCUCGGCGAGGGCGGGUUCGGCUGCGUUUACAAAGGUUGGGUUAACGAGAUGAGCAGCGCACCGGUGAAACCCGGCACGGGACUUACCGUCGCCGUAAAGACUCUAAAUCAUGACGGGCUUCAAGGACACAAAGAAUGGCUCGCUGAAGUGAAUUAUCUCGGCGAACUCGUACACCCGAAUCUCGUCAAAUUGAUCGGAUAUUGUAUCGAGGAUGACCAAAGGCUUCUCGUCUAUGAAUUCAUGCCCCGCGGAAGCUUAGAGAAUCACUUGUUUAAGAGAUCGCUACCCCUUCCUUGGCCAAUAAGGAUGAAAAUCGCGUUGGGCGCGGCGAAAGGGCUCGCGUUUCUUCACGAAGAAGCGAAGAGGCCCGUUAUAUAUCGAGAUUUCAAGACGUCGAAUAUUUUGCUGGACGUGGAUUACAAUGCGAAGCUUUCCGACUUUGGACUUGCAAAAGACGGCCCCGAAGGGGACAAAACGCACGUCUCGACUCGUGUAAUGGGAACAUACGGUUACGCCGCGCCCGAGUAUGUUAUGACGGGACAUCUUACGGCGAAGAGCGACGUGUACAGUUUCGGAGUGGUUUUACUCGAGCUGCUGACGGGGCGGAGAUCGAUGGACAAAACCAGACGGAACGGCGAGCAUAACCUCGUCGAAUGGGCGCGCCCAUUUCUCCGCGAGCGUCGACGGUUCUACAGGCUCGUCGAUCCUCGGCUCGAGGGACGUUUUUCGAUCAGAGGCGCCCAGCAGGCUGUCCAGCUGGCGGCUCGUUGCCUUAGCCGCGAGGCGAAAAUCAGACCCGCGAUGAGUGAGAUUGUUGAAGCUCUUGAGCCGUUGCCGUCGCUCACCGAUAUGGCGUGCGCGUCGUCGCAAUUUCAGGCCUUACAGGCGGCCCGACCGGGCGGGAACCCGAGAAACGGGGUGCGGAUUCAGACAGGGUUGACAAGGAACGGACAGUUUAGUCUUAGCCCGUCUUUGUCGAGGAGGAACGGGAACGAAGCUUCGCCGCACAAUCGAACGGCUGCGUCAUCGAUGACGAUGAUGCAGUCGCCUAAAGUUGUUGUCGAGAAGCCCAUUGUCGAGACGCCGUGAUUGAUCGAGGUUUGUCGAUGAUUGAUCGUUCGUUUUUUCGGUUUCGGUUUCGAUUUGCAGACGUGAAACUCUAUGGAAGCCGUAGAGAAAAAUUGUUCGUUCUUAUAUAUAUAGUGUAGAAGAGCUGAUGAACAUUUUAAUUGAAUUGAAUUGAAGCUGAAAUUAAUUGCGUUUUAUUCGGGCCAUAUAUUAUAUAUUUAUCCAUAUAUCAAUAUAUUUAUAAUAUAAUUGAUCACCACUAUAAGCAUACAAUCAGUUCGUAUUAGGUUAGUUUAUUUAUUAUAUUUACGGUAGUUUUUGCUAUUUGAUACUCCCUCCCUCCCGUAAAAAAUCUAAUU